GCUUUCCCGGCCCAGAGCCCUCUGGGUCCGGGAUCCGCAGACCUAGGGCCAGCGACGCUUGCGCUUUUCGUUCCGCCGCCUGCCCGAUGGACGACCCUCUCGGGAAGCCCCUCAGCUGUGAAGAGAAGGAAAAGUUGAAGGAAAAAUUAGCAUUCUUGAAAAGGGAAUACAGCAAGACACUAGCCCGCCUUCAGCGGUCCCAAAGAGCUGAAAAGGUUAAGAGUACUAUUAAGAAAACAGUAGAACAAGAUUGCUUGCCCCAGCAGGAAAUCUCACCACAGAUAAACCACUCAGAACCUAAAAGCAAAGUAUCUCAUUAUGGCAAGUUACAAUUCAACACCCAUCUUGAUGAGGAAACCAGAAAAAAGACAUCUGUCACACAUGAUGUUGACCCUGGGUCUUUUAACCCUGGAGAUGGCCCAGAAGGAUUACUUACACAAAGAACCGAUGAUAUCCAAGAACAUUUUCCCCAAAGGGUCAGUGGCCCUGAUAAUAAGCAAAGUCAGACUAAAAUUCCAGAGAGGAGAAAAAAGCAGAAGAAAACAUUUAUUUCACAAGAGGGAGAAUGUGUCUUUGACACUGAUUCACUCAUACUCUCUGAAAAAAGACUAAAGAGAGAAAACAGUAGCAAAACUCCUAACCCACCAGUAACUAAAAUAAGAACUCUCUCAAGUCCUCCCAAGUCUGAACUUCCAGAUUGUGCAGCACAAGUGACAGAAAGUGAUGGAAAGGGUGAAUUGAUUCUACCCACUGCCACACCAGAAAGAAGUGUUGAUACCCUUUUAAAAGGAACUAAUUUCCCCAGGGAGACUACAGUUUCUUUGCAUACUUCAUCAUAUAGCAGUAAUAGUCAGUACCUGGAACAUAUGCCUCCUAAAGGUAACUGUGAACUUAUUACUCAGGGGUUAAAAAACAUUAGCCUUGCUUCAUCUGUAAACGUGAAGGCACGCAGCAAAACAGUGACUGUAUUUACAGAUAACCUAGUAGUAAAUAAAGCUAUAAAUGCAGAUGGCCAGCUAUCUGUAAGUCUUAAUUCAGAGGCGGAUAAUGCAUGUUCUAUAAAUGAAGUUACUUACAAUAACUUACCAGGAAACAAAGACCAAAACUUAAAAGAACAGAAUCACAUAGAGAAAUCUUUACAAUCUCCCAGUGAUGCUCUUAGUGGUAGAAAUGAAUGUUACCAGGAAAAUGAGAAUCUGAAUCAAUCUAAGAGUCUUAUCCUAGAAGCAGUCUCUCCUGCUUCUACAGAAAAUCAAAUGCAUUCUUGCACAAUGCUUGAUGGGCUUCUGUUUCCUGCAGAAUAUUAUAUUAGAACAACACGACGUAUGUCAAAUUGCCAGAGAAAAGUAGCCCUGGAGGCUGUAAUUCAAAGUCAUUUGGGUGUCAGGAAAAAAGGGUCUAAAAGUAAGGAAGCAAAUAAAAACUUAAACCUUUCCAAUGAGAAAACUGACCAAAGUAAAAUUAGGAUGUCUGACACACGCGCAGAACAGCCAAGUUCAAGGAAUCCUCAGAAACGUCUCUCAAAAGCUGAAGUCAACUCUCCCACUGGAUCCACUGAAGAUAAUGACUUUUCUAGGAAGGCAGUCACCCAGCUAUUUGGUAGAAGACACAGAGGAAAAAGAAAAUCAAUGUAUAUCCCAGCAUUAGAUCAUCAUGAGCGACUUUUGCCAGCUUCUAGCAUGUUGGGUAUUAACAGUUCUCAGAAAGAAGUCAUCUUGCACAAAUAUCAGAAUAAAACAGGGAUUAUUUAUGGGAAAGAAGGUUAUCAUCAAAAACAGAACUUGUCUGCCAGCGAUAAUGCUUAUUUAGCUUUGGAUGAUGAUGCUGUCAAUACCCCUUUUCAUAAAAAAAAAAUUCUGAGUUUAAAGCCAUUAUCAUCUUUCCUCGGUAUCAUAGACUUUCAGUUACCUGAUGAAGACUUUGGGCCUCUUAAGCUUGAAAAAUUGAAGUCUUGCUCAAAAAACCCAAUUACACCAUUGGAAUCAAAUAUUUAUAAAAAGAGGCAUCUUGAGGAAAAUUGUAUUGCAGAGGAACAGGUUCCUAAACAAGUAGAUACAGAAAAGGAGGACUUAGAAGAGGAACUUAUUAUUUUGCCAAGAAAAUCAGAUUCUAAACUGUCAGACCUAAAAAAUAAGCCUACAAAGAAGGACCUUUCUUCAUCUAUGUUACUUUUUACUCCCUUGAACACUGUUACACCUGAUGAGAAUGACAGACUUACUGCAGACGUGUGUUCACCUGCUUUCCCCAUCUUAGGUACCACUCCAGCGUUCGGCUCCCGAGCAUGUUAUGAAAAAGUAUCUACAGUGGGUGUUGGACAAACUUGCUCUACACCCCAACUUUCUCACUUGAAAGACACAGUAAGUCUUGCUAGUAAUAGUAAACAAUUCAGUAGUUCAGCUAGCCCACCAAAACUGAAUACCAGCCUGAAUGCAUCAGGUAGGCAAGGGCAAGCUGCCUGUGACCGUGACUCUGGCCCCCAAGCAACACCUCUCUCUGUUGGCUCAUUCACUUCCAAAGAAAAUCAGCUCAGUGGAAAUACAUCCCAGGAGUUACGUAAACAUUCCAUAGAACAGGUACAGUUGUUUCCUUUGUGAAAUUUUCUCUGAAGGAAUGAAAUGUCUUAGUAGUGAAUGUGGACAGCAUGAUUUCUUUACACAUUGGCCCCCUCGGUACUUAAGUAUGUUUUAAUAUGUUUCUUUGAUACGACUUCA